AUGCCGUUGCCGUGCGACAAAAAUACUUUCCUCGCAUUAGACCCAUCUUUCCACGAUAAUGACCCGAUGGUUAAGCUACGCCGGCAUGUGAUCGAUAACCGCGCGCUGAAUAGAAGAGAGAAGAGUUAUCCGUUCUGCAACCAUGAGGGAGCCAAGGUAAAUGACACGUUAAGCUGGAAAGAUUAUAAAGCCAUCUCCAAUACGCAUGCUGGAACAAACAGCACUCCUGGUAACGAAACCCAACACAACGAUCAAAGCGGCACACCUAAAAAUGAAAACACACAGGCUAAGAAGAUAGCAGCGGAAAACAAACUGGAAGACAAUAAGGAAACUUUCCAAGUUUUUAUGCUUAAAAUAAGCUCGAAGCCUGACGAUGUCUCUAAAGACGUUCUCAAUGAGAAGCUUAAUGCGAAGCUAGACACUAUUCUACAUAUCCCGAUCUCGCCCUCCGGUGGUCGAAACUUUGUUUCUUAUACUUUCCCUCAGUUUCCUCGAGUAGUCGUGUACCUCAAUAAAGACGAUGUAGAUGUCACGGCUGAGUGCAAGGCCGAGUUGCAGAGCAUAGCGCAGGAUGACAAGGGUAACGCAAAAAGAGUGGAUAGCAAGACACUUGAGGAAUUUCUCAACAAGUUUGGCCACUUCAUUCCUAUGAGAGUCGAGCUAGGCGGACGAUUACACUCAUCCGAGAGCUUGGGGGAAGAGAGCACGGCACAGAGCGUUCAGAAAGCCAACGCACUCAAGGUAGCAGCCAGCCUGUCCUUCUCGUCCCCAUUCGUACAUGCUCGGCUAGCGCGAGCCACGAGGCUUCCUCAAGCCAAGCACAUUCGACGACAAGCAGCAACCUAA